AUGAUCACGACUACGAGAGUAGACCGGCGAUCACAUCCGGUCGUCGCAAAUCCGACACGCGAUGACUCGCAAGUUUUGACUCUACCGGAAGACCUUUCAAGUUUAAGCAAGGUCCGGAGCUUAAAACCCACCACACUUACACUUACCUUGGCAAUCCUAAAUGUGAAUCUGACUACGGAAGCGGAACAACCUGCGGUUGGUGACAGUUCUGAAGAACGGCGAAUUUAUCGUGUGUAUGUCGAUUGA